GGUCAAUCUAUCGAAGAGUAGAAAGAUCGCGUUUGACAGUGGACGGGUGCGACUUCACUUCGCAUUGGAUGGGCAGGCCAGCACUGAACAAGACGAAGCUAACCAAGUCAUCUCGCAAGCACUCGAUCCUCAUGUACUCGCUUGGCUUUUGUAUUCCCGUGCUCGUCGUUCUCGCGGCCCUCAUGUCGAACGACGAUUCCAACCAACUAGUGGUCGGUGCCAAGGUUGACGCGACGACGGCCACCGUGCGUUCAGCAGACGAACCAAGCCGUCUAAGUGAAGCGACCAAGCCGAAGUAUUCAGAAGUCCAACGCCGCGCUGUCCAGCAUCUGCAAAAGGCCCUAGGUCAUUUCGAGGCGCAGAAAUGGCCACUGGUGUUGGAAGAGUGUGAAAAAGCGAUCCAAAUUGACCCGGACAUGGUGUUUGCUCAUGCGCUCAUGGGAAAUGCCUUGAACGUGAUGAUGCAAUGGCAGCAAGCCGUGAACAGCUGGCGCAAGGCCACAGAACUUAACCCUACGUCGUCUGAGUUCUACUAUCACUUGGGCUUUGCCUUAUCCCAGCAUGCUCAGGACCAAGUGACCAACCAGCGCAAGUUUGCUCUGAGUAACGAUGCGAUUUCAAGCUUCGAACGAUAUUUAGUACUUGUGGAGAACGAUCCAGAAGCCACUCAAGCCCAGAUGUCUCUUGCGCACGCCAACCUCGGCACAAUGUACAAGGUAAACAAGCUGCGUGAAAAGCAAGCGUUAGCUCUGGAGCACUUUGAAGCCGCUGCGACGCUUGACCCAACGAACGAGCUCGCUUAUUUCAACAUUGGUCUCAUGUACGCUGAAAAGUAUGAAAAAACUCCAGACGAGGCGUUCUUGGAGCGUGCCAUUCAAAGUCUCGAGCGAGCAGUGGAAUUGAACCCCAAGAACAAGCAGUACCGAGCAAUUCGCGACGCAUUAAUUGGAAAUGCCAGCCCCGCGGAGCUCAUGGCUGUCAUGCAGCAAGUGUAAUUGAUUCGGUCAACAUGCAAUCUUCCUUUAGUACA